GAUCGUGAGCUGAUCGAUUUGCAUUUGACGUUGCUGCGCAAGCUGGCAUUCAAAUCGGCUCGAGUGGAAGUUUGGGAGAAGUAUCUGCUCAAAUUCUGCUCACUGGUCCCAUCACUGGAAAUUCGAUUGCAGUUGUUGAAUUCGUGCUCGGCAAGCGAUCUGCGUCUAUUGCCUGUUGGAUAUGACAAAGAUGGAUUAGCUUAUUGGUACCAGCAGGAUGCGGACCUAGUGAUUCGCGUAUACUCAGCCGAGCAGGAUGAUCAAUCCGGUGGCUCGUGGAAUCUGGUCGCAAAGUAUGGUCGAAAGAAGAAUUGGAAAGCUUAG